AUGGCGCCGGCAAUGCGACCGCCGACACGCAAUAGGAUGGCGCUGAAGACGCCUACGCCGGGCGUCGGCGAGCGCGAGACAUGGGGCAAGAAGGUGGACUUCCUGCUGUCCGUCAUCGGGUUCGCCGUCGACCUCGCCAACGUGUGGCGCUUCCCUUACCUCUGCUACAAGAAUGGCGGCGGCGCUUUUCUGGUGCCAUACUGCAUCAUGCUGGUGGUGGGGGGUAUCCCGUUGUUCUACAUGGAGCUGGCGCUGGGCCAGUUUCAUCGGAAGGGCGCCAUCACCUGCUGGGGGAGGCUGGUGCCACUUUUUAAAGGUAUCGGGUACGCGGUGGUUCUGAUAGCGUUUUACGUGGACUUCUACUACAAUGUCAUAAUCGCGUGGGCGUUGCGCUUCUUCUUCGCUUCCUUCACCACCAUGCUUCCCUGGACCAACUGCGACAACGAGUGGAAUACACCAGCUUGCCGACCUUUUGAGGCAAUCUGGGAAGCUUCGAACAAAACUCGAGUCCGUAAUAACAGUUCAUCAGGAUCCAUAGCAUCACCUCCAACCACUCCAUUCACAUCAGCUGCUUCUGAAUAUUUCAAUCGUGCCAUUUUGGAACUGCAAGGAAGCGAAGGCCUCCACGAUUUAGGCGCAAUAAAAUGGGACAUGGCUCUCUGUUUGCUUGCCGUCUACAUUAUCUGUUACUUCUCUCUUUGGAAAGGCAUCAGUACUUCUGGGAAAGUUGUUUGGUUUACAGCACUAUUUCCGUACGCAGUACUUCUUAUUCUCCUGGUCCGUGGUAUAACUUUACCAGGAUCCGCUACCGGUAUUCAGUAUUACCUCAGUCCUAAUUUCGAAGCUAUUACUCAGCCUCAGGUAUGGGUGGAUGCAGCAACUCAAGUUUUCUUUUCCUUGGGACCAGGUUUCGGAGUUCUGUUGGCUUAUGCAUCUUACAAUAAGUACCACAACAAUGUGUACAAGUGA